AUUCCCCUCGCUCCCCCCGUUCUCCUCGCUCCCCCCGUUCUCCUCGCUCCCCCCGUUCUCCUCGCUCCCCCCGUUCUCCUCACUCCCCCCGUUCUCCUCACUCCCCCCACAGCCCACUGUUAGGCCUAGUAAACGGCCUUCUCUCUCCCCCAGCUAACAGCCAGGGAGACGUCAGUGGCAGUGGAGCCUUUCCAGAGCUCAAAGACCCUGAGAGUGACCAACCCCAGCCUGACAGGGCAGAUGGGGUGGAGACCACUGACCAAACCCCAGCUCUGACCACCCCCUCUCCGCCACCCAGCCCCCGUAAGGACCCCUCCCGCAGGCUGAGCCGUAUCCCCGUCCUGCUGGACCUUCUCCCCACCCCUGGCUCUGCCAUGGAGAAGCUACUCCAGAAGAAAGCCCCCCACCAUCAGGGAGGAGGCCACCACCCAGCCCCCUCUCCCUCUAUCUCCCACCGCGGCCCCGUGGUGGCCUCGCUCCCCCACGGGGACCAGCUGUCCUCCGCCUCAGACCGCUCUGAGAAGGCCGAUGAGUCGUUCCUGGGCUCGCGCUCUGACUGCCAGGGUAAUGACGCCCCCUCCCUCUCCUCCUCUUCCAGCCCCUUGUUCCGUAAGAGCAAGAUCCCACGCCCUUUUAACCCUACCAACCCGGCCCCAGAGCAGGAGAGUGCUGCACAGUACCUUCCACGCCCACCCCCGGGGAGACCACCCAGUCGGCUUGCAGCGGAGGGCAGACUGAAGCGUUAUCGGAUCCGAGCGGGCAGCACAAGGGACUCAGACCUCCUGACCUGUCUGUCCCAGCUGAUGCACCAUGGUCAGGGUGGUGGAUCUGCCCGCGGUUCCCCCCACCACGGCCACACCUCAGCCCAGCUUGUAGGCUCCCGGAUGGGCAUGUGUAGCCUGACCAGCUCCCCCCACCACCAUCACCACCGGAGCUCCAGUGCCUCCCCACGCAGCUGUUCCUCUCUACAGCGCUCUGUCUCCUCCUCCCCCUCUCGCCACGAACACCGCGGGGGAGAGCAAGGCAGAGGGGUUUGUUUCGGUCGCUCCUGUUCUCCUCCCAGCUUCUCUGGGUCCCCCCCUCCUCCCCGGCGCUCCUACCCCCACCAUCAGGAGAUUUGCUGCUGCCGCCAGGCCCGCACCGGCUCCCACCACCACCACGCCCUCAAGUGGAAAGCCUGCAGCCGCGAGGAGAGAGAGAGGAAGUGCUCCAGCAAGCUGAGCAGUAGAUAGUGGGUCACUGCUCUGGCCCUGGUCCUAGCCUGACCCAUAGAAACCCCUGGGCCCGUUUAUUCAAGUGUCUCAGAGUAGGACUGCUGAUCUAGGAUCAGUUUGGCCUUUUAGGUAAUAAUGAAUAAGAUUACAUGUACAAUCGUAUUCAUUAUGACCUAAAAGGUUAGACUGAUCCUAGAUCAGUAGUCUUAUUGUGAGAGGCUUUACGAGUAUGGCCUGGGAGUCAGUGUCAUUGCCACAUCAGAGGGUGGGAUCAGGAUGUUGAUGCAGACCAAACGAUCCUGCUCUGGAUCAAUGAAGACCUGAGGCUUCUGUCAGAGAAUACUGAACAUAAUGUCCCCCCCUCUCCUCCCCUGUCCCCCUCUCCUCCCCUGUCCCCCCUCUCCUCCCCUGUCCCCCCUCUCCUCCCCUGUCCCUCCCCUCUCCUCCCCUGUCCCACCCCUCUCCUCUCCUCCCCUCCUUCUUCACACUUUCUUCUCUAAUUCCAACUAUUUGGUCAUUGUUUAGUCCCUAAUUCAUAUGCCCACUUUAAUAGUUCAUACCUCGUGCGAAAAGGAUCUAUGUGCAUUAUGCUAUGUAUAAGAUGUUGGUGUUCUUGUGGGGUGUUUUCCCUCAUAUCAUCAGUGAAGUGAACACACUUAGCCCUCAUUCAGAAUACCCUCGGUCAGUCAGUCAGCACUCAUUUAUUCAUCACUCACCAAUUGAAUAUAGACUCAGUCUAUUCUGUUUCCUCUGUACUGACCUGGGGAGUGCAAGGUAUAGCAAGUCUACAUUUAUGGCCAUGAAGCUCCAGAGAAAUGUACACUAUCUACAGAACCUAUUUAUUUAUUUAUUUACAUCUUGACACACUUGUCACACCAGGUACACACUAACUGAUGACAUCAUCGAUUGAUGUGUCCUCUCUCUCUCUCUCUCUCUCUCUCUCUCUCUCUCUCUCUCUCUCUCUCUCUCUUCAGUGAGUGUCAUUUAUUUCAAAGGCAUUUAAAGCAAUCAAUUGAUCAAUGAUAGAAGUGAUCAGUCUUUUGAGAAGGAAGUGAUCCUUCCUUUAAAACAAUCAUAUAAAAUGUGUGUGUGCUCACACACGUACUUGUGCCUAAUGUGUCGACUGAUCUGGGGAAUCUAAAUGGCAAACUAAAUGUGAACACUAGUUACUGGGCCAUGAUUCCCUUUGUAUGCUCCUCUUCAGAAUGGAGUCUGACUUUGUGUCCCAUUUCUCUACCCUUCCUCCUUGGACUUAAUAGGAAAUUAAUGGUGUAAGAGAUAUGAUGGCAACCCUCCCUAACCUUGCCCAUGCUUACAACCAUCCAAUUCAUUUAAAUAUAUGGAUGGGG